UAGAAUUUGAAUCAGUUGCAGGCUGAUUUCGUCAUAGCACUGGAGCAGAGUGCGGCAUCUCUUUCAAACCCUACAAACCACUCUCUUCACCACUCGCAUCGGUCCGGAGACGCUUCAGUGGCUUUUGUCUGCUUCGGAGCGCUGAACCAGCUGCCUGUAGCGCCAUCACUUCCUUUAGAGAGAGGAAAAUAUUGUCCGUUCAAGCCUUGCACAAGUGCGGCAUCGAUUGCGCUCAGGGGUCUGUGAGGGAGGCAAGGAGUCUCUGUCCCGGGCUGGAGCAGACUAGGGAAUAAAUUUCUAUAGACAAUUUCAACCACCGGUUAAAAUGUGUACGCCUUGCUGCAUUUCACAGCUGGCCUGCUGCUGCGGCUCGGCCGCGUGCUCCCUCUGCUGCGGCUGCUGCCCCAAGAUCAAGCAGUCGACGGGCACGCGCUUCAUGUACGCCCUCUACUUCCUGCUGGUCACCAGCAUCUGCGUCAUCAUGAUGCUGUCCCCCACCGUGGAGAACGAGAUCCGGGAUCACAUUCCAUUCUACACAGAAAUGUGUGAGAACCUGAACGCGGGGGAGAACUGCAAGGCCCUCGUCGGGUACUCGGCGGUGUACAAGGUCUGCUUCGGCAUGGCCUGCUUCUUCUUCAUCUUCUCAGUCUUCACCUUCAGAGUGCGCACCAGCACCGGCUGGCGGGCAGCCAUCCACAACGGGUUCUGGUUCCUGAAAUUCCUGGCUUUGCUCGGAUGCUGUGCCGGAGGGUUCUUCCUGCCAAACCAGGAAAAGUUCCUUGAAGUGUGGCGCUACGUGGGCGCGACCGGAGGGUUCAUAUUCCUGCUGAUCCAGCUCAUGCUCCUGGUCGAGUUCGCUCACAGAUGGAACAAAAACUGGACCUCGGGCAUCAAGUACAACAAGCUGUGGUACGCGGCGCUGGCCCUGGUCACCCUGCUGCUCUUCUCCGUGGCCGUGGGGGCGCUGGUCUUCAUGAGCCUGUACUACACCCACCCCGAGGCCUGCACCCUCAACAAGAUCUUCCUGGGGGUGAACGCCACCCUCUGUCUGUUCGUGUCCCUGCUGGCCAUCUCGCCCUUCAUCCAGAAGCUUCAGCCCACCUCCGGCCUGCUCCAGUCAGGAGUCAUCACUGUGUACGUCAUGUACCUCACAUUCUCGGCGCUCUCCAGCAAGCCCAUCGAAACCGUGGAAAAGGAUGGCGCUAACGUCACAGUGUGCAAGUUCCCCUUCAACUACGGCUCGGAGGGCGACAAGAAGAUCGUAACAGGCGUGGGCACCGUCAUUCUGUUCGGCUGCGUGUUGUACUCCUGUUUGACCUCCACCACUAGGAGGAGCUCAGCUGCACUGAGAGUUUGCCGGACCACCAUGCCGGAGAAUGAGCGUGCUCGUUGUUGUUUCUGCUGCGGUGAUGAUGGCGAUGAUUAUGAGGAUGAGGAGAGGACAGGAGGAGGCCAGAAUGUCAUGUAUGAUGAGAGGGAAGGGACCGUCUACAGCUACUCCUACUUCCAUUUUGUCUUCUUCCUCGGAUCCCUCUACGUCAUGAUGACAGUCACUAACUGGUUCCACUAUGAGGACGCCAAGCUUGAGAAGCUCCUGGACGGCAGCUGGUCUGUGUUCUGGAUCAAGAUGGCAUCCUGCUGGGUGUGUCUCCUGCUGUACACGUGGACCCUGGUGGCCCCCAUGAUCUGUCCAAAGAGGUUUGAGGCCUAGAGCCUCUUCCAAAAAAAAAAAAAAACGCAUCAUGGCACUACCUUUCUCUUUCAGUGAAAAUUCUUUUUUUAUGUGUGUUUUUUAAGUUUUGAAAUUAACCCAGUGUGUUUAUCAUUUUAAAUGUUUUUUUGUUUUUGCCAGUUCAAGAUACUGGAUAAGCUAUCAAUGCCUUAUGGGCCCAUCAUGUCUUUGUAUUUUUACUUUAAGGAUCACUGUUACAUUCUUCUGUCAUCUGUCAAAGUUUUACAAUCUCCUGCACCAUUUACGUUUUUGGAAAUUUCUGGAAUGGUUGGAAAGUGGAAAUAUGAAGGAGAGAAAACAUUUCUCAGGCUUACAAUUCACCUGUAAGUGUCUUGCCUGGUAUAUCACACCCUUUUUGUAGAUGAACUACUCUAUGCAACCGAAACAUGUUGUAUUAUUUUUUUAAUCAAAGCUUUUAGUUCAGCAUUCAUCUCGGUUUUUUU